UUUAUCUUUGCAUUAGAGAAAAUAAUAUGGCAUCCUUAACUAGGAACGUCUUUGUCGUUUUGACAUUUUUAUGUGUUUUAUUGAGCUUUGUUUGCUUUAGCAAUGCCCAAUUGUCGACCAACUUUUAUGGCAGCUCGUGCCGUAAUGUGGCGGUAAUAGUGAGGAAUGCGAUGAGACAAGCCGUGAGUAGAGAGCAAAGACUUGGUGCCUCGAUUCUUCGCUUGUUCUUCCAUGAUUGCUUUGUUAAUGGGUGCGAUGCAUCAAUACUGCUGGAUGACACAGCAACAUUCACGGGAGAAAAGAAUGCAAACCCAAACAGGAACUCAGCAAGAGGAUAUGAAGUGAUAGACGCCAUUAAAACUCAAGUUGAAGCCGCUUGUCCUAAUGUUGUCUCUUGUGCCGACAUCCUCGCUCUUGCUGCCCGAGAGGGCGUUUUUCAGGUAGGAGGGCCAACAUGGACCGUGCCAUUGGGCAGAAGAGACGCAAGGACCGCAAGCCAAAGCGCAGCCAACACCCAAAUCCCCGCGCCAACUUCCAGCCUUUCAACUUUGAUCUCCAUGUUUUCCGCAAAAGGCCUAAGCGCCGCCGACAUGACGGCGCUUUCUGGGUCCCACACAAUCGGUCAAGCCCGUUGCACCACUUUCCGGACCCACAUCUACAAUGAGACCAACAUCGACACGCAGUUCGCCGCCACACGCAGGGCCACGUGCCCUGCUUCUGGCGGCGACGCGAAUUUGGCCCCGUUGGAUAUACAGACACCGAACCGGUUCAAUAACGAUUAUUAUGAGAACUUAGUGGCUCGACGUGGGUUGCUUCACUCGGAUCAAGAAUUGUUUAACGGUGGAUCUCAGGAUGCGUUAGUGAGGAGUUAUAGUACUAAUGCUGUUGCUUUCAGACGUGAUUUUGCAGCAGCUAUGGUGAAAAUGGGGAAUAUUAGUCCACUUACUGGAACUAAUGGAGAGAUUAGAAGGAACUGCAGGGCUAUUAAUUAACCAAUAAAAUAAUUAUAUAAUUAAAAUAAAUUAUCAUGUACUGCUUUGUUUCUCUUUUCAUAAAUACUCUGAUUUGCAGUACUUGAAAUGAUGUAUUUCGGAAACAACUUCUCUAUCUCCACAAAAUAGGG